UUCCUCAUCUGCGUCCCUUCCGUUAUCUGCCAACACUCCAGCCCGAUAUAACCCUAAGUUGAAAACUGCACUUGGCGGGAAAAGGAUUUUUGUUGCUCCUCGCUCGUUUGCUUUGGCGACACCUUGAAAAUCGUAGAAUAUACUGUUCACUAUCGGAAAUCAUAUACAAAAAUGCAAGACGUGAAGAUCCUCACUCUCUCCGAUUUACUCAGCUACGGUCGUUCCCACACUGGAUCUUCAACUCCCGGCCCUCCGAUCAUCUUUGAUCAAAACCCUCAACGGCCACCUGGCUCUUCCACUUCAAACCCUAACCAGGAACUUGAACCUCUGGCUCAGCUCGAUUACCCGGCUAUUCUCGUCGGAACCUUAAGACUCCCUACCCUGACUCUUAGUUGCCCUCACAAGAACUGCCUCGAAUUCUCUGACGAUUCAGACGCCGUUUGCUGCGACAUUGUAGGAUUUGAUCUCCGCGCCAUUGGUAAGAAAAUCCACGUCCUUACCUGGAAUUUCAUUACAUCGGAUCAUCUUUCCAGUGGAUUCUUGGAAAUCUUCAAAUGGGACUUGUCUGAUUCGAGUCACGGGCUCAGUCGAUGUUCUAGCAUGAUAAUAGAUUCGUCUCCCUUAGUUUCAAAUUCUAUUGAACACGUACCUAGAGCUAGCAAUGCUAAAUCCUAUCGAAUUCACGGAGUAAUAGGAGCUGUUAGUCCUGUCUCUGUUGUUCCAUGUUCAGUUGAAGACUCAAGUUCGAGUAAGUCGAUGAAUCUUCGGGGUUUUCAAGUGAGAGUCAUGACUUGUGAAUGCAAAUUGUGUCGUUAUGAAGAGUCAGUCAGUGUUUUAUUUGGAGCAGCGGAUUGUCAUUUUUUUACAGUACCUGUAUAUGUGUACUUUUGUGGGCCUGCUUGGUGUUGGCAUCCUGUGCUGAUGAAGCUCAUUGAGAAGGUUGUUACGAUUUCGGGUUUGAUGAAGAAGUUGACUAUGAUGGGGAAGCAAGAUUCUGUUUUGAUGCUUGUUACUGCUGAGAACACUGUUCUCCAUUUGCCGAGAUUAUGGAAGAAGAUAAAGGUUGUACGUGAUUCUUAUGUAGGCACUGUAAAAAAUGUUUAUAUGAAAGGAUUGGUUGUUGAGCUGGACAAAGAAGUGUGGCUUUUAUUAACGAAUCAGUCACUCAUGCCACCACACGGUCUUAGGAUUGGUGCUGUUAUUUCAAUGAGAAAUGUCCAUUUUGUGGAUCCACAAUUUUCUUGGGCAAAGUUUCUUGUUCUCGGGACUUGCUCCAAUACCAGCAUCAUAGUAAAAUCAUUCUCGCCAUUAAAGACAAGGUGUCUUAUUGUGUCGCAUUCACAAAGCCGGCUGGGGGAUUUCAUUGAGACAUUAGGUUUUCCUACGAGACUGUGGGUACUACUUCUUGUUUCGUGUUUCCAGAAAACAUUUUCUGGUGUUUUUUCCAUAAACAAGAUAUUGGGAUCAAGCCAUAACGAAGGACUGGUUCAAAGGUUUGCUAACUCACAUUUGAAUUCAUCAGUGUUUCGAGCACGGCAUGGUGUGCUAAUGGAAUUCUGUAAACAUGAAUCAUGUUGCUCUGCUACUGAUCCAUAUCAUGGCAACCUGAAGUUGGUGGUACCCAUAUCCAGUUUCAUCUAUCAUUGUGAGAUUUUAUGGAUAAAUGCACUGCUACCAUCGGAUAAUAAUCUUCCUGUCUCAUGCGGGGGGAAAUAUUAUCAACGAUCAAAACGAAAGUCUUUUCAGAGUGAAGAUUUGGGAAUUAUUUUGGUUGGAAUGUUAAAGAUAUCUUCAUCUUCUGGAAGAUUGCAAUUGGUUGAUAUGACUGGUAGCAUUGAUGUUAUUAUACCAGACCUUCCAUCAUUUUGGGACCCUAAUAGCAUAUUUGAGGUAAUUGAUUAUUUUCUAAUUGCGGAAGGAAUGCCUGAAUCAGACCAUCCAGGGUUAUCUGGUGAUGACUUAUUAUUGCCUCGAAGUAUCUUCCAGGGCUUCCCAUCGGCGAGAAAACCAAACCUAAAAAUUUUUGUCUGCUUUCACCUACGUAAUGCAACAUGCAGGAAUCGUCUCAUUUAUCCAUAUGUAGCCUCUGAGGAUGAACUGAAUGAUACCAAAAGUGGAAUAUUUCACCUUAUCUAUAUAACUCGUAAAUUUCGUUCCCAAAGUCAUUCAAAGAAAUUAGAGAUAUCUGUGUUUGCCGAGGCCAUAGUCAUGCCUUGGUAUUUGUUUCUAACUGCAAAAGAUGGAAGUAUACAUCAAGAGAAGGUUUUGAUAGACUGUACUAUUGGUAACCCCACAGAUCAUUCUUCUAGUAAGAGGCAGAAGACUAGUUGCUCAUCUAGUCAGUCGGGUCCAGGUUUCAAGAACAAUUUUUGCAAUGUCUGUUUUGAGAAAGGCACUUUUUUAAGGGAAACAUGUGGGCAUCAGAGUUGCAUGGGAACAAACUUUUCUCAUGAAAUUCCAUGUUUGGCUACCAUACAAGGUGUUAAUAAUUUUUUCUUUACAAGUUUUGGGACCUUGUAUAGAAUAAAGACCAAUGCAAAAGCUAAAGUUUGUAAAGGAAGUGCGAAGAAGAUUUUUUUGGCUUUUGCAUCGGAAAGUGAUUUCAAAUAUCAGUUGUUGCAGAUUGGUGGUUUUUACUUAAUGAAGCACCAUAAAGAAGGUUCUCUCUGUAACAUUAAGGACUCUGGUUUAGAAUGUGCUAAAGUUCUUGUUACUUCUGGAACAUAUUUGCGAAAACUUUCAUUCUCCUCCGAGAUUCUUACCGCUGAUAAAUCGAUGCAUGAUUCUUCAGUUUCAGACAUUCAUCUUCAUGUCUCGUCAAGCUUAACAGGUCUUUUCGAGAGUGAUACAAAGGAAUUGGAGACUGGCCAAAAUGCACCGGAUGCAAACCUAGGGAACUCGGGUUUGCUUGAUCAUAGUUGCCUCUUUCCUGCUAGAAUGUUUACUUCUGUGUGUGGAGAUAUUAUAGCUGUCCACAGUUUUGACCAAGGUUCUGAUAUGUGCUCAAGCCGUGAGCACUAUGGUGAUCUUCGUCAAUAUGGGUUUUGUGCUGGAGCAAAAAAUUGUUGCAUUCAUGUUUCAGUGGCCAAUCAAACAGUGAAGGUUUUUGAAUUUUUUAACCAGUAUCUGUUCCCGACUGGGUUUGGGCCUGGCAUAAAUGCAACUUUCCAUCGAAUUCUUGAUCUCCGGCCCAGGGUCCCAAGUACAUUGUUGUUAACAUCUGAAUCCAGCAUUGUGAUUGAUCCAAUAAGGGCAUUCAAUGAAACACACAGCUCAGAUGGCAAUCUAAAACUAUUCCGCUGCAGAGUUGUUGCUGUUCAUUUGCUGGUUCUAGAGAAGAACAACAGGAAAUGUGAUGACUUAAAAUCAAAUAUGCAAUCCAGACCUCUAGGUGUUGAUAUUCCACUUGCUUGCUUUAUAUUGGAUGAUGGUUCACGUUCUUGGUGUUGUUGGGCCGAUGCUAAAAGGGCAGCAACACUGCUGAGGCUGAAGGAAUGUCCACUGUCUGGCUGUGAAGCCAGUGGUUACAAAAAGAGGUGGAUUGGUGUACAGAACACUGACAGGACCUCUACCAUGCAUCAUCUUCAAAGAAUUUUAGAGAAGCAUGAGAGGAUUACUGUCAAAAGCGCUAGGUCGGUUUUUGAUCCUAUUAAUCAAGACUUCACUGUUACGGUUGGUUCAGGAAGGGAACUAACUGGGUUGGAUGAUGAUUUCCACCUCUUGGCAUCCAUAAUCUUUAACGCGAGCAUCAAUACACUCUGGACCGUGGUUACUGAAGUGAUGGAUUCUAACGCAGUCAACCUGUUAAAAGAACACCUCGUUGAAAUGCAGAUGCCAAUGCCGUCCAUGGAAAACUUAUGGGCUGCAGAGGUUUGCUUUGUGAAUCAGCGAACCGAGGCCAGAGAAAUGUUGCAAAACAACUUGUAAAAAGGUAAACUCUCGAUGCAACCGCAUUUUGUACAGCGGAAUAGUUAUACUCCUUGUUCUCUUGUGGUUCAUGUAUCAAUCAUGUAAAUGUUGUCUGAUAAGUCGACAGGAUAUCUCUUGUAUAGGCUCUAGAUCCAUGAUAGAACACCCUUGAGCCAGUGUAUGGAAACUAGAUUUUUGACGUCCAACAACAUGGCAUUUUGUAAUUUGAA